AUGUCAACUACAUCCAUUCGUUAUUUCUUUCAUUUUUCGCUAUUCACUUAUAUUCUUCACUUAUUUCAUAUAUUCUCAUAUUUUUUACUUUUUUUUCCUUCCUUCAUUUAUUCGUUCUUUUCUUUUCUAUCUUUCUUUCUUUCAUUCAUUCUUUAUUUCUUUCUUUCUUUCUUUCUUUCUUUCUUUCUUAGUUUUUCACAUAUUCUACCUUUAUGCUUAUGUCCUUUUAUUCAAUUGGUUUAUUUGCUUAUCUGUAAAUGCAUUCUUCCUUUUAUUGGUGUUUUAUUUUUAGUUUUCUUUCAUUCUAAUUCCUUGCCAUUCUUUCUCUAUUAUUUCUUCGAACGAAUUUUAAUUUUCUUUUCAUAUUUCCCAAUUCACCGUCUUCAUCUUUCCUCAGAUUCGAAUCAUUCCUCCUUUACAUUCUGCAUUCGCCUACAUUUUUCUUUCUUUCUUUCUUUCUUUCUUUCUUUCUUUCUUUCUUUCUUUCUUUCUUUCCCCUCACCCAUAAUUUCUUUUUUUUCUUUUUCUUUCUUUCUUUUUCUUUUCUUUCUUUUUUUUUCUUUCUUUUUUCCCUCACCCAUAAUUUCUUUCUUUCUUUCUUUCUUUCUUUCUUUCUUUCUUUCUUUCUUUCCCCUCACCCAUAAUUUCUUUCUUUCUUUCUUUCUUUCUUUCUUUCUUUCUUUCUUUCUUUCUUUCCCCUCACCCAUAAUUUCUUUCUUUCUUUCUUUCUUUCUUUCUUUCUUUCUUUCUUUCUUUCUUUCUUUCUUCUAUUCCUGCGCAACUACAAAACCGUAUAAUUUAUCGGAUUCUUUGAACUCUAUCGGUAACGAUGUUUGUCUUUCUCACUUUCUAUCUAUCUCUCUAUCUAACUAUCUAUCUAUCUAUCUCCCAUAUAAUUUCUUUUUCUUCUUGCGUGUUAUAUUCUUCCUUAUUUCCAAACUGCCUGCUGCCCUUUCUUCAUUCACUUUAUUGUAUGUUUUGCUUUUUGCAUAUAAUAUCAGGAGUUUGAGUUCUUUUCUUUCUUAUUCGCUCUUCUAUUUAUAUUUCCGAUUCCUCGUCUUUGCCAAAUUGUCUUAUUUCCAGCCAUUUCGAUUUUCUUCGCAAUUUUUUCUGGUUUAUCUUCAUUUUCCCGUUCAUUUUCAUUCACUUUGA